UCCUGUGUUUGCGCUGUUUGUACCAUUUUAUUUCUCCAUUCCAAGAGUGCAGGUGACACAAGUAUUAGGCUACUUUUCUAUCACAAACAAGACACUGGUCUAUAUACUGGGUUUACAGCUCUUAACCUCUGGUUCCUACAUCUGGAUUUUAGCCUUAAGUGGACUGGUUUCUGGGAUUUGCUACAAUAGCAGUAUAUUAAAAGUUCAUAGAAUUCUUUGUGUGCCCAGCUGGGUAGCAAAGAUAUUUUCUUGGACUCUUGAACCAAUCUUCUCAUCUGCGGAACCAACGAAUGAAGUUCGAGUGGGAAUGGGAGCAACAGUUGACAUCCAGAGGCAGCAGAGAAUGGAGUUACUGGAUCGUCAAAUCAUGAUGUCUCAGGUUGCCCAAAUGAGGCGGCAAAGGCAGCAGCAGGGUGGAAUGAUUAACUGGAAUAGACUGUUUCCUCCUUUACGUCACAGACAUAAUGCAAAUUAUCAAGAUCAUCGCCCGUCUGAACAAGACAUACUUCCACCUACCGAGGUUUCUGAAGAGCAGGUCGCACGACUUAUGGAAAUGGGGUUUUCCAGAGGAGAUGCUCUAGAAGCUCUGAGGGCUUCAAAUAAUGACUUAAAUGUAGCCACUAAUUUUCUACUGCAGCACUGAUGGUUUUCUGCGUGAAGGAACUUCACUUGAUGGGUUUGUACACGUCUGAAAGAGGAUCAAAGCCACCUGCUGGACAGACUCACGAAAGGUCGUCCCCACAAGAGCGUCAGCAAAGAAAAACUGGCCUCCGCGUGACUGGUGAUUCAAAGUGAUGUUAACCAAUGACGUGAGCUGUUCCCAAGCCUUCAGAUCACUUGGUGGUUUCUAGUCUGGUUAUCCUUUUCAAAGUAACUUUAGUUUCUACUUAUUACUGGAUAACACCUAAAUUUAUUUUUAAAAUAAAGUAGGUGUUUUCUUCUUGUAAAUCCUUGUUAGUCAUGUUAUCAGACUUAAUGACUAGGAAAAGAAGCUCCAGCAACCACAACAACUAGAUCUACCUGUCAAGAAAAAUCAUAUUUUCUUUCUUUGCCAGUCUAAUUUCUCUAGCUUACAUGUUAUUUUACAGUACUUGAUUUUUGACUACAUUAAUAAGAGGUUUGAAGAUUACUUCACUUCCAACUCAUUAAAACGUUAUGGGACUACUAUGUCAUCCUUCAGGAAGUUUUAUUAAUGCCUGUAAUAUUUUAUUUCUCAAAUUCCUUUUUAAAUAAAGUUGGCAUUCAGCACAUAAUA